CUCAGUGUAGACAACGUAUGUAGCGUUGCGCCUUGCCUUUCUCUACCUGUUCUCGUUUCUAAUACAAAUUUAUCAAUGUUUUAUUUUUCCUUUUCAGAUAUCUUGCGAAAUAUCUCACAAACUAGCUGAUCGACGGUGAUGUUGAGUGUGCUCACCUAGUUGUGAGUCCCAUGGGGAACGCUGCGAACGUGACACCAUGUCGGAGCAGACAAUCACGGCACGGCUAACAGGCCAGUUUAGCCUGUUAGGAUCUCGUAAAGUGUACAAUGUAUACUUAACCGAUACCUCCAUCAAAUAUGCCCCGGCGGAGGGGAAUGCCAAAUGGAAGGAGGUGUUGUUGGAUGACGUGGUGGGAGUACACUGUAUGCGCGGGAAGAGCGCGGAUGAUCCGCAGGUGUAUCUCUCCUUCUUCGUGUACAAACGCGGACGGACUUUGAUGGGCGGCGUGGAUCCUGUACGGAAACGCCAGGGUCUGACGUUCGUUGUGGGCGAGGCGGCGGUCUUCGAGGAGAAUUUGCUCGUGGCAGACAAAUGGCGAAAUGCCAUAUACAGGCUGAUGCGGAGUGCAGUUUCUGGAUUGCGAGAUCCCCAUUCGGGAGUAUGGCUAGUUGUGAUUAAUCCUGCCGGUGGACCGGGCAAAGCGGAGAAGCUUUUCCGUGAACGCGUCGUUCCGAUUUUUGCCGAAGCUGCCAUACCAUUCGAAGUUAUCGUGAGUGAACGAGCUGGCCAUGUCAUGGAGAUCAUGCAGACACUGGAUUUGAGUAAAUAUUCGGCGCUCAUUGUAGUAGCAGGCGAUGGUUUGGUUCACGAAGCGCUCAAUGGUUUGAUGAUGCGCCCAGACUGGGCGGAAGCCGUACGGAUACCGAUUGGUCACAUUCCAGGCGGAUCGGGCAAUGCCUUGGCCGCCAGUAUACAUGAGGCUUCAGGGGAACCAUUCCGAACAGAAUUCGUUAAACAUUCCGCAUUGCUGUUAGCCAAAAGUGUUCCCACUCCAUUGGAUAUCGUGUACUUGGAAACUCCGUGGUACAGCCGCUAUGGAUUUCUGUCGGUUUGUUGGGGCCUCAUCGCCGAUAUUGACAUCGAAUCGGAGAAGUAUCGCAAUCUGGGGGAAACCCGGUUUACUGUCCAGGCGGUGCAGCGAAUUACUGAUCUACGAACAUACUCCGGUGUCCUGUCCUAUCUACCGGCCGAUUCCCCAGCCAGCGGUGAUGCUCCCGCCCCCCAUUCCUACCUCUCCGAUGCUCACCUCCCCAAACCGUCCACCGACCUGCUGGUCCCCCUGUCCGAACCCGUUUCGUCCACGUGGACCACCAUUGACGGCGAUUUCAUCACCGUCUGCCUGGUGGUCAUCAGUCGUUUAGCUGCUUCCAGCGCCGGUAUUCCCUGGGCGAAGCUAAACGACGGUCUGGGUUAUCUGUUCUGGAUUAAAGCCGGUGCGCCCAAGAUGGCGGUGACAUCCUUUCUCCUAAAUAUGGACAGCGGCAGCCAUUUGGCGAACAGUCAUGUGCAGAAAGUGGCGGUGCGAGCCUUUCGGUUGGAGCCGCGGGAGAAGGAUGGCAUUCUGACGAUUGACGGGGAGAAAGUACAGUAUGGAAGUAUUCAGGGACAGAUGCUGCCCUCGCUGGCCACGGUGCUAACGAGGAGGAGCGUAUAAUACGCGUGAUUUUUGAAUUUAAAGAAAGGAAAAUUGCGUUUUGUUUUGUAAAUGAAGUUUAAUAAUUUUUUUUGCCGAAAUUCUGUGUUACAUUCCCGAAAGUUAUUUAAAUUGCUUUAUAGUAAACUGAUGACUGUGCAGCUGCACCGGUGUAGCUACCGUUUGAUUCUUUUUAUUUUGUUUGACAGUUGGUUAGGAAAUGAAAUGUUGCAGAGUUUUAUUAGAUUAUUAGAUGUGGAAUUAAACAGCUGGACAACUG